GAUGAGUCGUGGAUAUUCAGAAAACAACAAUUUCCUAAACAAUAACAACCAAAUGGUGUUGGACAUGAUCCUUUACCCAUUAAUUGGAAUCCACCAGACCAUCAACUGGGAAUCAGUGGCAAGGCUUGUGCCUGGAUUAACACCCAAAGAGUGUGCAAGGAGGUUUGAUGAACUGAAGAACAGUGGAAGCUCACCUGUGGACAACCACUAUAGUCCCCUCAUGGCUGCUGGAGAGAGUCCUGUUGAAACUUUAGCCAUGUAUAUCAAAUCCUCGCUUCUUGGCACACAAAGAGAAUUUCAGGAGACUCCAAUUGGUCAGGAUGCAGUUUCUAAAACAGGAAGACAUAGUAUAGCUUCCACAAGGAAUUGUUCUUCAGAAAGUGAAAAUUGUACUACUCAUAAUGGUGGAGAAAAGACUGAAGAAUCUGAAGGGCCAAACAUGGUGAUCCAUGUAUGUGAUGAAGCAAAAAACUUGAAAGAAGAUUUUAUUUGCCCACGAGAUCUUUUGAUAUCAGAAAUGAAGUACUUUGCUGAAUAUUUAUCUGUGGACGCCCAGCGCUGGGAAGAGGUGGACAUUUCAGUUCAUUGUGACGUUCACAUUUUCAACUGGUUGAUAAAAUAUGUUAAAAGGAACACUAAGGAGAAUAAAGAUUGUGAGAUGCCCACUUUAGAGCCAGGAAAUGUCAUUUCAAUUCUUAUUUCUUCAGAAUUUUUGAAAAUGGAUUCAUUAGUUGAACAAUGUAUUCAGUAUUGCCACAAAAAUAUGAAUGCCAUAGUAGCUACCCCAUGCAACAUGAACUGUAUUAAUGCAAAUCUUCUUACACGUAUAGCUGAUCUAUUCACACACAGUGAAGUUGAUGAUUUAAAGGACAAGAAAGAUAAGUUUAGGAGUAAACUUUUUUGUAAGAAGAUUGAGAGACUAUUUGAUCCUGAGUACUUGAAUCCAGAUUCUCAGAAUAAUGCAGCAACAUUAUACAGAUGCUGUUUGUGUAAGAAACUUUUAACAAAAGAAACAGAAAGAAGAAUUCCUUGCAUACCUGGAAAAAUCAAUGUGGAUCAACAUGGAAAUAUUAUCUACAUUCAUAUAAGAGAUAAGACUUGGGAUGUUCAUGAGUAUUUGAAUAGUCUUUCUGAAGAAUUAAAAUCUUGGAGAGAUGUAUAUUGGCGCUUGUGGGGAACAGUCAACUGGCUAACUUGUUCAAGAUGUUAUCAGGCUUUUCUGUGUAUAGAGUUUUCACAUUGUCAGUAUCACUCAGAAACAGUGAUUUAUCCUACUGCAGGAAGUUCGCUAAGUUCUCUUGGCACUGGAAUCUAUCCCUGCUGUAACCAAAAGGUUCUUCGGUUUGACCCCACUCAGCUUACAAAGGGUUGUAAAGUGAAGGACCACAUGGUUGCUCUUCGUGAUCAAGGUGAAGGUGAAGAUUUGCUGUCCUGCCCAACUGCCAGAAUACUGGAUGAUCUGCAGAAACACAAAGAUGUCAUUCUUGUGCCUUUUGCUAAAGAUACAGUCAGUGAUUCUGGUGGUCCCUGUGAUGAAAAGGGUCUAGACUGUGAUGUUUUACUGGAGCCAAAUACACCAUGGGGCCCCAAGAGUGGGGAGCUCAAUGCUUUCUUAUCACUGAAAAACUGGACACUGCAGCUGAAACAACAGUCAUUAUUUUCAGAAGAAGAAGAAUAUACCACUGGGUCCGAGGUCACUGAAGAUGAAGUUGGAGAUGAAGAAGAAGUAUCCAAGAAACAAAGAAGGAAACUUGCUGAGCAGAUCAAGCAGGAAGUGCGGCAGGAGGUGGAAGAGUGGGUGGCAUCAGGCCACAAACGGCCGCACCUGAGCAUCAUCCUGGUUGGCGAGAAUCCUGAAAGUCACUCCCAUGUCCUCAACCAAACCAGAGCAGCUGCCGAUGUGGGAAUCAACAGUGAGACAAUUGUGAAACCAGCUUCAAUUUCAGAGGAAGAACUGUUGAAUUUAAUCAAUAAACUAAAUAAUGAUGAUAAUGUAGAUGGCCUCCUUGUUCAGUUGCCUCUUCCAGAGCACAUUGAUGAGAGAAAGAUCUGCAAUGCUGUUUCUCCAGACAAAGAUGUUGAUGGCUUUCAUGUAAUUAACGUAGGGCAAAUGUGUUUGGACCAGAAUUCCAUGUUACCAGCUACUCCAUGAGGUGUGUGGGAAAUAAUUAAGCGAACUGGUAUUCCAACCCUGGGGAAGAAUGUGCUUGUGGCUGGAAGGUCAAAAAACGUUGGAAUGCCCAUUGCAGUGCUGCUGCACACGGACGGGGCGCACGAACGUCCCGGAGGUGAUGCCACUGUCACAAAUAUCUCAUCGAUAUACUCCCAAGGAGCAGCCGAAGAAACACACAGCUCUUGCAGAUAUUGUGGUCUCUGCUGCAGGCAUUCCAAAUCUGAUCGCAGCAGAUAUGAUUAAGGAAGGAGCACCUGUCAUUGAUGUGGGAAUAAAUAGAAUUCAAAAUCCCAUAACUGCUAAACCCAAGUUGGUUGGAGAUGUGGAUUUUGAAGGAGUCACGAAGAAAGCCGGUUACAUCACUCCAGUCCCUGGGGGUGUUGGUCCCAUGAGAGUGGCAAUGCUAAUGAAGAAUACCAUUAUUGCUGCAAAAAAAGUGCUGAGGCUUGAAGAGCGGGAAGUACUGAAGUCUAAGGAGCUUGGAGUAGCAAGUAAUUAACUAUUGUGUCUUCUGUGUCAUGAACAGCACUCCAAGCUAGUUCACGAGGAAAACCAGGCCAAUAGAAAUGCAAUAUUUAUUCUACUUAAAUGGUUUAAAACAAUGCUUUCUAUUUAUUUGUAAGCUUAAAUGGGUGGGUGUUUGCACACAUAGCCCUGCAGUUACCCACCAGGGAGCACACCACUAUUGUGCUGGGUCAUGGGAUACAGCCAAGAGAAGCCAUUAACCUACUGAUUAACAGGGGGACACUGUCACGUUGAGAAUGGCUGCCUAACUUUGUCAACCACUUCAGUUAAAAUUUGUCUUUUUUAGGAGGGCAGCUGUGCUUACCACUAUACCACCAAUGCUGCACAAAUUUGUCUUUUCUACGAUUGCAUUUCCCAGAUGUUAUUCCAAUAAUGAGUUGAUGCUCACUUUAGGUUCCAAACCUUUUGAGUCCAACUGGUCAAACCAAAGGAAAAAUGUUGCAAGAGAAAAUUAGGGAAAAGGUAAAAAAGAAAGAAAUGAUGGUAGUUGAGUAGAAAAAAAGUUACCCUAAUUUAAUAUAUGUAUUGAUUGAUAACCAGAAGAAAAACUACAUGUUAAUAGUCUCCUAAGCUGUCAUUUUGUAGCUUAGUCAUUGGGAAAAUGUUUGGGGUUGUUUCAUUUGCUAUUAGCCCUCGUUCUAUGUUCGUUACCAUUCCUGAGGUUUCUCCAUUUUAGUUUUUUAGGAUUGAAAGGCUUAUUUUAUAAGUUAUUCAUGUGUGUUGUCAUAUUUGACUUUCCUACAUCCUUAAACUUCACUGUCAAAUUUUUAUACUGUUGGGGGUGUCUGUAUGGUUUCUUUAGUGUAUCUUGAAACCUGUAUUUGGAAAACAUAACUUGGUCUUGAUGAUCAUUAGGGCAGCUUCUAUAAGUGUGCAACUUACUUUUCCACCAAAGAACUGUCAACAGCUGCCGGCUUUUCUCUGAUGCAUCUGUUGGCUUUCCUUGAUUGAUUUUUGAGAACUUGAGUUAAUACUGAAUUUAAUCAGACUUUCUGAUUAAAGGACUUUUUUGCUUCAUU